AUGCCAUCUCCUCGACCAACAGCACAUAGAGAUUCACGCGAACCUAGCAGAUAUGAAAGAGACGAGAGACGACAUUCACACAAUCCUCGCUCUCGCUCACCUCCAAGACAACAAAGGCAGCGGUCAAUCUCUCAGUCACCUAGAGUUAAAUCUAGGACGCGACAUUCAAGAUCCCCUCGGAGACAUCGCUCCAGAUCGCGUUCCCCUCCCAUGAGACAAGAAAGACAUCGCUCAAGAUCGCGUUCCCCUCCCAUGAAACAAGAAAGACAUCGCUCCAGAUCGCAUUCUCCUUCCGUGAGACAAGAAAGACAUCGCUUCAGAUCGCGUUCUCCUUCCAUGAGACAAGAAAGACAUCGCUUCAGAUCGCGUUCUCCUCCUAUGAGACAAGAAAGAUUUCGUAGGGAUUCAAUUGAAGAAACAAGCAAUAGACGACGAUCUUCACGAAACUCAAGAUCUCCAGUUCACCGGUCUCGUUCACCACCAUCAAGUACAAAAAGUGAUAAAGGCACUAAAAAACCAAAUUUCGGACUUUCGGGAAAACUUGCUGCAGAAACGAAUACUUACAAUGGUGUCGUAUUAAAAUAUCAUGAACCUCCAGAAGCUAGAAAACCGGCGGAGAGAUGGAGGCUCUAUGUAUUCAAAGGGGAUGAGCAAGUAGAUUUACUCCACAUUCACCGUCAAAGUGCCUAUCUAUUAGGUCGCGAUAGACUUGUUGCAGAUAUUCCCAUUGAUCACCCUUCUUGUUCGAAACAACACGCAGUAUUACAAUAUCGACAAAUAUCUGAGAAAGAUGAAUAUGGGCAACUUCACUCGAUGGUGAAGCCAUAUGUUAUAGAUCUUGAAUCGAGUAAUGGGACUUAUGUCAAUAGUGUACGCAUUCCCACUACUCGUUAUUUUGAGUUAAAAUUAAAAGAUGUCUUAAAGUUUGGAUUCAGUACACGAGAAUACGUAUUGAUGCACGAAGAAGUAAAGGAAGGGGAUGAAGACGAAGCUUGA